CAUGAAGAGGAGUAUACUAGGCAUGUGUAGAUGCCACUAUAAAAUUGGAAAUAUCAAAAACCUUAGUAUUUUCUUUCAUCCUUCGAAAUUCAAAAUCAAGUCAAGUGAUCUCCGGCAACGGAGGUGGUUUUCCGAUAUAUAGAAAAGUAUAAAGUAAGAAUAGGUAUUAAAUGGGACGAUCUCCCUGCUGCGAUAAGGUAGGACUGAAGAAAGGACCAUGGACUCCCGAAGAAGAUCAGAAGCUUUUAGCUUACAUCGAAGAACACGGCCAUGGAAGUUGGCGUGCUUUGCCUUCGAAAGCUGGACUUCAAAGAUGCGGCAAAAGUUGCAGGUUGCGAUGGACCAAUUAUCUUAGACCUGAUAUCAAGAGAGGCAAAUUUAAUCUUCAAGAAGAACAAACGAUCAUCCAACUUCAUGCUCUUUUGGGUAACAGGUGGUCAGCCAUAGCAACUCAUUUGCCAAAAAGAACAGAUAACGAGAUCAAGAACUACUGGAAUACUCAUCUCAAAAAGAGGUUGACGAAAAUGGGGAUAGAUCCAGUGAGCCACAAGCCAAAAAACGAUACCCUUUUGUGUACUGAUGGUCAGUCGAAGAGUGUGGCUAACUUAAGCCACAUGGCUCAAUGGGAGAGUGCUCGGCUCGAGGCUGAAGCCAGAUUAGUCAAACAAUCUAAGCUUCGAUGCCCAGUUGAGAAGCAAGUUGGAUCAGUUGAUGCAUCCAUGGCGUCUGUUAAAUUAUUGGCAACCACCGCUGGGGAACCCACAAGGUGUCUUGAUAUACUCAAGGCAUGGGAUAGAGUUUGGGGUGGCAAGCAGAAUGACGACGGCGUUAAUGGGAACGGAGAUAUGGAAUCACCAACUUCGACACUUUCUACCACCGGCGUCGGAGAGAGUUCCACUAGCUUUUUCGAGUUUGUUGGUGGCAAUUCAUCGGGAUCUUGCGAUGAUGGAGCCACCGGAGAGGAUGGUGAAGAGGAGUGGGAGUACAAGGACGAAAACGACAUGGAGAAUUCAAUUCCAUUAACUUCUGGGUUCAGUGGAGUAACCAUGGCGUCCGAUAACAAUAAUGAGCACGUCCAUGGUGGAAAUUUCUUAGAGAGUUUUACAGAUCUUUUAUUGAGCAGUUCCGGCGGUAGUCAUCGGAAUUUACAAGGUGGUGGUGAUUCCGGCAAUGAUCUCGAACCUAAUGCAGUGAACAACAGUAAUUACUACGAGGAUAAUAGUAAGAAUUACUGGAAUAAUAUUCUUAAUUUGGUGAAUUCUUCGAUGCAAGAUCCUCCUUUGUUUUAGAAGCCCAUCUCUCACUCGAUUUUUUGUUCAUUUUUUUCGACCAAAUGCUGUCCUUGAAUGCUUGCAUGUGUACGUUGUAAGAACAUGUUGAUUCCCAGGGUUAAUGUCUAGGGUUUUUUGAUUUUUUUGAUUUCCGAUAGAAUUGUGUAAUAAUUCAAACUCCUACAACUUACUAUUUAAAAGGCGUUUAUGUUAGACAUAAUCUUGAUAAUCCAAUGAUCUAUCGAAGGCCAGUUGUACGGCUCGAACUUCAUGUUCUUUGUUAUCUUAUAAUCG